GCUCGGGAUAUCUGAAAGUCAGUAGAGUAUCAAAGUCUGCCACUACGUUUCAAUAACUUGCUCGAGCAAGAGGGUAUAGAGAGCUGGCCAUUAGACUAUACAAUAUUUUUGGAUGACCUGUAUCCCGACGUCACCUAGCACUAAUCUGACGGAAGCCAACCUUGUAAACACAGAUUGGCGCGCCUUUUAAACGUCAUACUCGCUCUGCGCGUGUGGAUGGAAGAAAUUUCCUGGCUCGAAUGAUGGCAGCGGAGGAAGAGACAGUUGUACUAGAUACCGCUGUAAGACAUGCUGACGCUUCUGAAGCUGAUCUCAGUAAUAGGCAUGCGGGUGACAAAGCCGAAUGUGCUGCUGCACCGGUACUUAAGCUGGUGAAGUUGCCGUUGGCGCGGGUGAAAGCAUUAAUGAAGUCUGACCCGGAGCUGUCGCUGGCUAGUCAGGAGUCGGUUUUCCUCAUUAGUAAAGCUACGGAAUUCCUAAUAGAAACAAUUGCUAAAGAUGCAUAUGUGUAUGCUCAACGUAGCAAGAGGAAAACAUUGCAGCGUCGAGACAUAGAUAAUGCAGUAGAUGCCUUUGAUGAAUUUGCAUUUUUGGAAGGCACAUUGGAUUGAUAUGGUUGCCAACACACAUGAAACAAUGAAUACUGCUUUCAACAACAGACAAGUUUUCCAUCCUCCCAAGUGCUCGGAAAAGGGAUUUUUUUUUUUUUUUUUUUUUUUAUACUACAAACAUAAAUGCAUUUUUGUGUAUGACUAAUAGAUCUCACUUAAUAUUUUGGUUUAUAUUUAUUCUUACCCGAAUAAUUAUGUGUUCCAAAAAUAGCUUUGUUACACUUACGAACAUUCUGUGGUUUUCCAAAAUCGACUUUGUUUAAUAUUGAAUAAACCCCUGUAGACCUAUAAAUAUUAAAGGACAACUUCACUCUCAAUUCA